AUGCCAUCAGAGUGCUUACUCCAGGCUGAUAAUAGUUUCGGCCCUAUAGUAGAUAGCGGGUGCCGUGAUGGCUUUGAUUUCACUCUUUUGUUCGAACAAGCCAUCCUCGGCCUCGUUCCUGCGAUCGCAUUUCUCCUUGUGUGUCCCCUUCGAUUGCGAAUUCUGGUUAAGAGAAAUGUGCGCACUCAGCCUCACAAAAUGAGAUUGGCAAAGUUGAUAACUGCCUUGGUUUUCGCCGCGAUUCAACUUGCCCUGCUGAUCAGCUGGGCAAAGAAAACUCAGCCAACUACGAAGUUUUCUGUCGCGUCGAGUGCAAUCAACUUGGUAGUGGCAAUACAAAUUGUAGUCUUAUCGUGGGUGGAAGAUGAACGAUCGGUUAGACCGUCAUCGCUCCUCGCCAUCUACCUUCUCUUCACGUUGCUCUUCGAUGUUGUACAAACAAGAAGUUUGUGGUUGUCUCACAGAAAUCUCCCUAUUUCUAUUCUGUUCGUCGCAAGUGUCGCUACGAAAACAGCAAUGGUGCUUUUCGAGAGCUUAGGGAAGCAAAAUCACCUUGUUGGUUCUUAUCAAGACCUUCCACCAGAGUCGACGAGUGGAAUUGUUAAUCGAUCGUUUAUGUGGUGGCUGAACCGCCUUUUUUCCACGGGCUUUCGAUCCUUGCUUACUACCGAAGAUCUUGAUCGUCUAGACAAACCCCUGGAGUCUACGGAAACGGCGCGGAAGGCAUUGAGAGCUUGGGCUCUACGCCGGCAUCCCGAGCGCCGCUUCGAAUUCCUAUGGCAGAUAGGCCAAGCGUUCAAAGGCCCACUUGCUUUGAUGGUACUUCCACGCAUAUUAUUGAUCGGAUUUACCUUCUCACAACCCUUCUUGAUCGCAUCUAUUCUCAACUGGCUUGAUAACUCAUAUAGCGCGAGCAAUCUCGGCUACGGCCUCAUCGGCGCUACACUUCUAAUAUAUUUGGGAAUGGCCCUCUCAAAGCUCAUAUACGACCAGAUGUUGUAUCGGUUCGUGACAAUGUUUCGAGGGGCAGCCUCGUCGAUGAUCUAUGACCAUGCCUUACACAUCCCCGAUGGCACUCUAGGGGAUCGUUCUGCCAUAGUGACUCUAAUGACUACCGAUGUUGACCGGAUAAUUGCCUGUCUAAUCACUUUGAAUGAAUUCUGGGCGCGGACGAUUGAAGUGGGCAUUGGUAUUGCGCUACUCGCGCUCCGGUUAGGGUGGGUCUGCCUGAUGCCAUUAAUGAUCGUUCUUAUAUCUAGUGGCGGAAGUAUCUAUAUCUCGAAGCAUAUAGGGGGACAUCAGAAAGUAUGGGUGGAUGCCGUCCAGCAACGCAUUGCGAUCACCCGUUCACUGCUGGACGGUAUUCAAACAAUCAAAGCGACUGGCUUGUCUCGAACCUUUGUUCGGCUUGUACAGAGAAAAAGGACCGAAGAAACCCAUCAAAUGGCCACGUACCGAUGGAGUGUGGUCUGGAAGAAUAUGAUCCAGAAUCUGCCUUGGGCCUUAGCUCCAGCUUUGACCUUCGUCGUCUAUGCUGCUCAAGGAAAGGAGCUGAAUGCUACUAAGGCGUUCAGUAGUCUGUCCAUUAUAACUCUUUUGACUAACCCGGCUUCGAAGCUAUUAAGUGCGAUUCCUUCUAUAGCGGCUGCGUCGGGAUCUUUUGAUAGAAUACAAGCAUUUCUUUUGCUGGCAACCAGUCCUCAACAUACAAGGGAGGGCUUUGAUCGCACGAGAGAAACGGAAGGUGAUGCAUCUCCGCACGUCGCCGAAAUGCAAUACAUGUCUUUCAAGGGCCCACCAGACACAACUGACCUUCAAACACCUGUCAUCUCAAUGAAACAUCUCAGCAUUCGCCCAUCCUCAUCGGCAAAAAUUGUCUUGAGAGAUGUUAACUUAGAAGUCCCUCUCGGAACACUGGUCAUCAUCCAAGGGCCAGUUGGGUCAGGCAAAUCGACGCUGCUUCGGGCUAUACUUGGCCAAACAGUUUGCGAGACAGGAUCAAUCGCAGUGGCCAUUCGACAACCGGCCUUCUGCGCUCAAACACCAUGGGUCCCAAGUGGCACCAUCCGUGAUACAAUCUGUGGAAUCUUCUCAGCGGGUCCAACAAGGGAGGGCGCAAUUGAUAAAAAGUGGUACGAGGCUGUUCUUCAUGCAUGUGACCUCGAUUUAGACCUGGAUCUCCUUCGCGAGGGCGAUGCUACGCGAAUUGGACACGGAUCCAGCCAUAUACUGAGCGGUGGUCAAAUGCAUCGGAUCGCUCUUGCUCGAGCGGUAUAUAUCCGCAAGAAGCUUUUGCUGUUAGAUGACAUAUUCAGUGCACUAGACCGGAAAACCAAGGGUAAUAUCAUAGCGCGUCUUUUGGGUGUUGAUGGACUGCUCCGAAAAACAAAAUCGACCAUUGUUUUGGUGACACAUGAGAUGGAGCAGCUGCCUUGUGCAGAUCGAACUUAUUUCCUUUCAGAUGGGCGUCUUCGCCAGGAAGAGCCCUGCGUGGGGAAUGACUACCAAGAAAUAAGGUCUGACGCUGUGGAAGCUGAGGCAUUGAAAGGAUUCCCGGAGUUGGCGAUAGAGGAUAAAGCCACCUUGAUCUCCAAGGCGAAUAAGAUCGACGAUCUCAGGAGGGCAGCCGGGGACUCUGCUGUCUAUGCGUAUUAUCUGCGCUACGUUGGGUGGACGAACGCUGUGAUAUUUGUCUUCUUCGUGACAAUGAAUGUCUUCUCUAGCACGUAUAGUCGUACGUGGAUUCUCACUUGUGCUACUCCCGAUAUCACUGACAUCAGCUUUCUACCAGAAAUUUGGCUUAAGCGAUGGGCUGAUCGUGAUGGAGCCCAAAAGGCACUCUAUGUCUCGGUGUAUUUCUUCCUUGCUAUUUGCAACACUGUCGGAAAUGGUGGUUAUGUUUGGGCUAUCCUUAUUCUGAUCUCACCCUCAACAGCGCGUCGGCUUCAUUAUGUCGUGCUGAAGACUGUUAUGAUGGCAACCCCUCAAUUUCUAGUUACUGUUGACAUCGGGUCAAUACUAAACCGAUUCAGCCAGGAUAUGACCCUUAUAGAAAGCGAUUUGCCUGUUGGCAUCUUAAUCACGGUCUCAAAUCUCUUUUCGUCGAUUGCCAAUGCUGCCCUAAUUGCAACCGGAUCGAAGUACAUGGCAAUAUCCGUGCCUUUCCUGCUCAUCUCCCUCUUUCUCUUGCAGCAUUUCUAUCUGAAAACAUCGCGACAACUUCGUUUACUGGACUUGGAAAGCAGGAGUCCGUUGUAUUCCCAUCUUCUUGACACUGUCGAGGGUCUUGCUACAAUUCAGGCAUUUGGCUGGGAAGCAGACUUUCGAAUUGCUAAUUCAAAAUUGCUGGAUGCUACCCAGCGCACGUAUUAUAUGCUUAAUUGUAUCCAGCGCUGGCUCACUUUGGUCCUAGACCUCAUCGUCGCUGCCGAAGCAGUCAUUGUCGUCAGCUUAGCAGUGUCUUUGAGACAUAUAACGAGUGUCGGAUUGCUUGGAGUAUCGCUCAACAGCAUUCUUGCCUUCAAUGGUAGCCUUUCAUCUCUCAUAUCUGGUUGGACACAGUUGGAGAUAUCCCUUGGCUCAAUUUUGCGCGUCAAAGAUUUUGAACUUCAAGUCCCAUGUGAAAUUUCAACUGAGCAGAGAGAAGUUCCCAUCGACUGGCCAAGUCAGGGAGCUAUUAAGAUCUCGGACAUGACGGCACAAUACAAUUCUGGAGUAGCAGUACUAAGCAAUGUCUCUCUGAAACUUUUGCCAGGUCAGAAAAUUGGUGUCUACGGACGUACUGGGAGUGGAAAGAGCUCUUUAAUAUCAACAUUAUUAGGCAUGCUCACCCUGAUCCGCGGGUCAAUUGUUAUCGACGACAUUGACCUCACUACCGUCUCCCCUGAUAUAGUCCGCGAAAGGCUUGUCACUAUCUCCCAAAAGCCAUUCAUCAUAGUUGGCUGUACAGUCAGAUUCAAUCUAGAUCCCACCGAAACCCUCCCCGACGGAGACAUCAUCGCGGCUCUCGACCGAGUUGGAAUCUGGGACGGUGUGCUACUCGAAAGAGGCGGGCUAGAUGCCGAGAUAAACGACACUCUAUCGUUAUCCCGAGGCGAGCAACAACUGCUACAAUUUGCUCGUGCAAUGUUGAAAAUACAAUCAAGCAACGCUAGGAUCUUGUUGAUUGAUGAAGGCACCAGCAGCGUCGACACGAAAACUGACGCCCAUGUGCAAGGCCUUCUGCAACAGGAUCCCUUUCAUGCAUGUACAGUGCUUACGGUUGCACAUCGUGUCCACACUCUUUUGAGUUACGAUUUGAUUGUCGGUCUAGAUCGGGGAAAGGUAGUAGAGAUGGACAAGCCUACAGUUCUGAGUAAUCAGAAAGAUAGCAUCUUUAGCAACCUUAUCAACAGUGGCAGAUAA